AUGGUGCACCUGUGGUUCCCUGGAGGGUCCUGGAUGGCAGCUCUGACAAUGAUACUGAUGGUGCUGAGCCCUCCCCUGGCUUUGGCUACGGACACCCGCCCGCGUUUCCUGGAACUGAAUAAAUUUGAGUGUCAUUUCUCCAACGGGACGGAGGGGGUGCGGUUCGUGCACAGAAAAAUCUACAACCGGGAGGAGGUCGUGCGCUUCGACAGCGACGUGGGGGAGUACCGGGCGGUGACGGAGCUGGGGCGGCACGCCGAGUACUGGAACGGGCAGAAGGACGUCCUGGAGGACCGACGGGCUGAGGUGGACACGGUGUGCAGACACAACUACGAGAUUUCCGAUAGAUUCCUGGUGCCGCGGCGAGUUCUGCCUAAGGUAACCGUGUACCCUACAAAGACCCAGCCCCUGCAACACCACAACCUCCUGGUCUGCUCUGUGAGUGGUUUCUAUCCAGGCAACAUCGAAGUCAAGUGGUUCCGGAAUGGCCAGGAAGAGGAGGCUGGAGUGGUCUCCACAGGCCUGAUCCAGAAUGGAGACUGGACCUACCAGAUCUUAGUGAUGCUUGAAACAGUUCCUCAGAGUGGAGAGGUGUACAGCUGUGAAGUGGGGCACCCAAGUCUGAUGAGCCCUGUCACAGUGGAAUGGAGGGCACAGUCUGAGUCUGCACAGAGCAAGAUGCUGAGUGGAAUUGGAGGCUUUGUACUGGGCCUGCUCUUCCUCGUGAUAGGUCUGCUCAUCUACUUCAGGAAUCAGAAAGGGCACUCUGGACUUCAGCCAACAGGACUCCUGAACUGAAGUCAGUAGGAGGAACCUUCUGUCCCAGCUUCCCAGCAUGAAAAGCUUUCCUGCUUGGCUCUUAUUCUUUCUCAGAAGGAGUGCUUUCUCUGGACCUGGUCAGCUCCUGGUUCAGUGAUGCUGCUGGAAAUGUUCUCCCUGACAGCUUUCUCACCCCUGCCCCUGGCCUGGAGGUCCCAGAUUUGAUGACAGUCCUUUAUAUUCAAUUUUCCUGGUCCCCUUUUUACCCAACCCUUAUUGACUCCCAUGCAUCUGACCUACUUUGUACCUACUACAUUAUUAAAUUUUUCUCAAAUUAGCAUGGAGUGAAAAAUCAUCUGCUUCACAAAUCUCAAGGAUAAGAGAUAGAAAAAAA